AUGCCCCUCUCCUUUGCAGGCGUUGCAGCAGAGCCAGCAUCUCAUGCAGCCAUUCGUAGCACAGGGGGGCUCUCAGCCCAGUCCCGCACAGCCAUGCCACCCAGGGUCGUAUCCUCCCUCCUCCUACCAACCCACCUCGUAUCAUCCCACCUCAUAUCUGCCCACUUCUUGUCAGCCCACUUCUUAUUACCCCACUUCCAAUCAACCUUCUUCUUAUCAGCCCACCUCUCAUCUGCCCACCCCUUAGGAGCGAGUGAUGGGUCUGAGGAGGGCAGCAGUGAUGAGAGCGCACCGGGAGGGGAGAGCAGGCGAGCUCACCCAGGUGUCACAGCAGGCAGGGGCGGCAGGCAGGAAGAGGGGUGGGGGCACGACAAGGAUGAGAUCUAUGAGGAUCCUGAGUCUACUGAGGUUGAUGAGAGCGAGGACACGGAUGAUACGGGAGCGAGUGUGGAGGCAGCAGUGAAGCAGGAAGAAGAGAUAGUCACCAUGGAGGCAGCAGCGGUGAAUGAUGGAGAUGGAGAUGGUGUCAACACUUUUGCAGCAGCGGUCGUGGUUAAAGAUGAAGCAGUAAAUGCGAAGUGUGUGGGAGUUGAAGCUGUGAAAGGGGGCAUCAUGAGGUUCAAGGUGCAGGAGCUGCAGGGGAGCGUGAAGCCGACUUAG